GUUUAAUUAAUUAGUGGUUACGUAUAGGUGCGAAGUUCACAGACAAUUUUAUCCAGGUGAGUGUUGUGCUAUUUUGCCUGCAUUUGAAUUAUUGGUUCUGUUUUGCGCAGUACGCAUUUUAUACCGAUUGAUGCCGGUAUUGCCGAUCAAUGCCGAUUUUAGUACGCAUGUCCGAGAAAAAGCGGUCCGAUCGAUCAAUAUACGAGUGUAUAUAGAAAAUAAUGAACAUUAGAAACUAGAUAACAAAACAUUUGGACAAUACGAGCAGCGUGUCCACACAUUAUGUAAUAUUUUUUGUUUUUUAUAAUAAUAAUAGUAAAAGAGAGAAAAACAUUCUCUCAAUAUCGUCAAACACUUUUUUUAAUCAAAACUCGAUGCUUGAGAUUGAGGUUAAAACUCCGUUGCUGGUCUAAAUGUUUUAUGCAAAGAAAAAAAAUUACAUUUGUGUACAAAUCUCUUCCAAAGUCCACACGCCAACUUUGAUCGGUUGAUAAUGAUGAUGAUAACGGGCGUUUGUCGCUGUUUACCAUCGAAAGUUGAUUGACAUUGAACUCGAAAGGUAACACACGAUAUUCUUCUGAGAGAGACAAAUUAUGGAUAUUGUUGUAAAGUUGAACGAUCAGACAGUUGGGAGGGAUAAAUUAAUAAGAUUGUUGCAAUACGGAAGUCGUUUUUACUGGUAUCAUGCACAAAAUGUACACAGCACAAGAUACUCUGCGGAAAUUCUGAGGAGUUUGGAAUUUACCUUUAGUUCAUUUCGAAAAUUACUUCGCUUUGGAAGAUGUGUGGACAGUUUGUAUUCCGCUGUAAAACUGAUGAAAUAUCCCAACUCCUCAAUAAGGGCAAUAUUAAUUAUGACAAAAGUAACAAAUGCCCUUUAUUUGCUGGUUGAUCACUUCAUUUGGAUGAGCAGAGUGGGAGUCUUGAGGAUCAAUUUGGAGAAAUGGAACAGGAUAGGCAACAAGUAUUGGUUGAUAACCAUCAUUUUGAAUUUAGUAAGGGACAUUUAUGAGAUUGUCAAGAUUCUAAAAUACGAUAAAAAUGCGCUCAAACAUUGGAUGUUCUAUCUGAAAUAUCACAGAGAAGUAGUAAUAGAUACUUUUAAAAAUGGAUGUGAUUUAUUCAUUCCUUUGACCGCGUUAGGUGUUACAAGAUGUUCUCCAGGUACGGUAGGUUUAUUAGGGAUGAUUACCUCGUUAAUUGGAUUGUACGUAAUUAUCAAUCCACUUUAUAAAUUGUCUCCAUCAUAAGAUAAAAUUUGUUUCAUAAUUUGUGUAUAAAUAUAUAUGUAUAUAAAAAUAUAAAUUUAUAUAAAAAUACAG